AUGUCAGAAUCAAACGGAUCUCAACUCCCAGAGUGGGGGCCGGGCAAGACGGCCAGAGGCAGGGCCCGCUUACCCUCCAGCAGGCGUCGCGAGCGACCUCAGUUCUCCUGCAACCUGUGCAGGCAGAGAAAACUGCGAUGCGACAGACAGCAGCCCUGCGCAUCGUGUGUGCAGCGUGGGUUGAGCCUCUCAUGUUCAUACGCCGCUCAAUCAGCGGCGCGCCCAGUUGGUGCUGACCAACCUGUGCGUACGGUACAAGAUCGAAUCCAGCAGCUCGAGAACUUAGUGGUGGACCUGAUGCAAGGAACAUUGACAAGCCACGCGGCCCAGCCUGGCCAGGCCCUCCCAACGUCGCAUUUGCCGAGUCCGUUGCUCACGACAAAUCAGUCUGGCACGGACAGAGUUCCGGAGACUGACAACAGCACCUCACCUGGAUCUGAAGCGGGCAGUCUGCAACUGACUAGUUCUGGUACCAAUUAUGUCAACAGUUCUCAUUGGGCGGCAGUUUUGAAUGGAAUCGCAGAACUCAAGGACCAUUUCGACAGUGAAGGGAACAGUCCUGCCAGCACCGAUUUUCACGAUAUUUCGAUUCCUGAGCAAACAGGCCCACAGCUGCUCUAUGGCUGUAGCAAAUUUCCGACCAGGCAAGAAAUCAUUGAGUCUGUCCCUCCACGGCAAGCUGUAGAUCGGCUGGUGUCGCGCUAUUUUAGCUCCUUUGAGAUGUCUACGGCUGUGUUGCACAGCGCUCAAUUUCUGGAAGAGUACGAAAACUUCUGGAAGGAUCAAUCCGCAACCCCAGUCAUAUGGCUUGGUUUACUGUUCACCAUCAUGUGUCUGGCGGCGCAGUUUCAGAUAUCGAGGCUUGACCCUAACAGCCAGACUCCAGCGACUCCCUCGACAGAGCACGAUCUCGAGAACAUGGUAGAGACAUUCAAGGAGAAAAUUGUGCAAUGUCUGAUUCUGGGGGAAUAUGCCAAAGGUGGCCCGCACGUGCUCGAAACGCUCCUCCUCUACAUUGCAGUUGAGCUCUUCUCUCGAAACGACGCCGAGAUUGGGGUCUGGAUCCUCUUAGGCACCGCAGUUCAGCUCGCGAUGUACAUGGGAUAUCAUAGGGACCCAAAGCAUUUUCGAGAGAUGUCGCCUUUUGUGGGAGAGAUGCGAAAGAGGGUCUGGGCAACAAUCGUCGAGCUUGAUAUCGGCAUUUCCGCUCAGAUGGGCCUUCCUAGACUGAUCAAGCAAUGGCAGACGGACACGGUGGAACCUGCAAAUCUUCAAGACAGUGACUUCAAUAAGACAACCAAAGAGAUGCCUGCAGCUCGGCCAGAGAACGAUCUCACUCCUAUGCUAUAUCGGCUGGUGAAGGGCCGAAUGAUGUCGACGAUCGGCUUCAUCUGGGACUUUGCAGCCAACACCAGGUCUUACACAUACGCGGAUGUCAUGGACAUGGACACGAAGCUGCGAGGGACCUAUGUCUCCAUCCCCGAGUGUCUCAAAUGGCGAUCAAUGGCGCAAUGUAUACUCGACUCACCACAGAUCAUCAUGCAAAAGGUUUAUCUGGAAAUCAUGUACCAAAGAGCGAGGAUUGUACUCCACCGGCGGUAUCUCAAUUGUUCGCCGACCAAAACCCCGUACGGUUAUUCCCAACAGGCAUGCCUGGACGCAGCGCUGAAGCUUCUUGAAUAUCAGCAUAUGCUGCAAGAAGAAACGCGGCCGUUUUGUCAGCUGUACCAAGAGCGGUGGCGUGUUACCUCCCUUGUCAAUCACGACUUUCUUUUGGCCACUAGCGUCCUGUGCGCGUACUUGCAGCAGGUCCGUGGGGAGACGGCGACGGCAGGCGCCGAAGGAGGCACCAGCGCUGACACAAUACGAGCAUCCUUACAACGCUCAUACGGCAUAUGGCUCAACUCAAGCAGCUCGUCCAAGGAGGCGCAAAAGGCCGUGAGCGCGUUGAGUGUCAUUCUCGGGUCUCAGGACUCCAUGGACACGAACACCAACAGCGAGACGGACAUGUCGUUUGAUCAGCUCCCCACGUCUCCCGGAACUAGCGUCAGCUUCUACCCCCAGAGUGAGUGA